UGCUGUUUUGGUAAAGUAUAUAAAGACACCAGCCAUAUAGAAUUUUCCGCUCGAUUUAGAAUUUGCUUUGAACCUUUAUUUUUUCAAAACAGCCCAGUUGGAAUUGUCUCCCCUCAUAUAGUUUGUUAUAAUUUUGAUCACACUCUCAUUUUCCUCCGAUUGAAUCAGACUGCUUGUGACUACUGACAGUAGCAUCGUCUGACUGACAAACCUCGUCUUUUUCAAUUUUUGCCAUUAGUUGCUGACUCCGGAACUCGUUAAAAAGAAAAAAAACGUGAAAACAAAAAAUCAAGUGAAAAGUGAAGACAAAGAUUGGAAAAAAUGACGUCCGAAAACGCGACUUCAACUUCCUCUUUCUGGCCAAUAGUCCACACCCUGCAGACCUCUGUUGGCACUCUGAUUGCUUUGAUCGGACUAAUUGGGAACGGAUGUGUGACCUACGUCUACGGAAAGAAACAUACCCUCUCUCCCACAGAAAAGCUCAUAAUUUCCAUAAGUGUGGUGGACUUGAUGUCGUGUAUGUACUUCCUCGUGUUUCCAGUGCUCAAGGCAGUCUAUGACCAGUUCUUACCCCUGGAACCCUGUCUAGUGGACCAGUUCAUCCUCUGGUUCAUACCACUAGUCUCCCUAUUCCUCAUGGCCACUAUAUGUCUCAACAGACUGACAGCAGUGUGCUUCCCCAUCCAGUACCCGCAGUUCUUCUCUGUACGCAAUGUGAGGUAUGUGCUGAUAGGCAGUGUGCUCUACUCCGCCUCCACCGGCCUGUCCUUCUCCCUCCUCUGCUUCUACUACCACGCCACCUUCCAGAACUGGGAGAACGAAGAGCGCUUCUGGAUGCUGGUCAACCGAGUGGCCACUCUCCACGUCAUCACACUCUACUCCCUCUCCAUCCUCGGAAUCGUCAUCAGUUCCUUAAUAACCGCUGCAUCGCUGCGCAGAAGAAUGAAAAGCAAAAACCGCAACCUCAAAGCAGGUUUCAAUUCGUGUCAAGGCCAAUCUAUGAAGCCACUGUGCAACUCGAAAAACUCCGAAUGCUACACGGAAAUACCAAAGAGUCCACAUAGGGGGACAUUAAAAACCCAUGAAGGGACAGAAGAUAACGAUGACAUGGUUGCUGGAACUUCUUCCAAUUUGAAUAUGAUUGGUCAGGUUGACGAGAAUAAUCAGCCAAUCACAAAGCCGAACGGCAAUGCAUCUACUCGAGUGACUCCCAAAGAUGUCAAGCUGACGAAGGCGCUACUGAUCGUGGCCACUGCUUACGUCAUCCUCUGCACACCCUACAUCACCUACCACCUCCUGUUCCGCAUCUACAUAGAUCUGGAUUCUUUUUCGCCCACUAAGCAGUUCCUGGUGAAGAUCACAGUGACCACCCUCUACAUCAUAAACUACACGAUUAACCCCUUCACCUACUACUACCUGAACGAGUUUUUUCACGCAGAGGUCACAGAACUUUUCCGAAAACUUUUCAGGUGUUCGGGAAACAACUCGGCCGCAGCUAAAUGUCCAGAAGAACAUGAUGAGACGCAAAAUGACAAGCGCAGAUUGAGUGUGGAUGUCGGAAAUGCAAAUGGCGCCACUGAUAACUACUAUCUCACAUCUGGAACUGAAGUACACGCGUUCAGCACUGUCGCCAAUGAUUCAAUGAUCUGAAUUUCAUUUCACAUAAUAUUUUUUAUUGUUCAUUCCUCUUUUCUCGAAAAACUUAAGUUUGAAUCUGAACAAUUAAGGGUCAAAACUGACAGAAAUCUUGCUUAUCGACCAAAAAAUGGUUAUGACUUUAAAUUAAAUCAGCUCAAAUGAUCUUAAAAUUUAUUGUCUAUUUGGAUUUUUGAAGUAACUCUCUAAAUAAUGAAAAGAAGUCAAAAA